AUGGAAAUGAGCAAAGCAGAAAUAAAGGGGAUCCUGAUGGACGACGACGAAGAGGAGGAAGACGAAGAUGUUGGAGGAGAUAACAAAAAGAAAAGAGCACUGACAGUCUCUGGAAGAAAAAUAUCAGGUGCAGAAGGAUCAAUAAAGCCUUCUUGUCAAAUAGAAGACUGCACCACUGAUAUGACGGAUGCCAAAAAUUACCAUCGCCGCCAUAAAGUUUGUGAAUUUCAUGCUAAGGCUCCGGUAGUUUUGGUUUCCGGGAUCCAACAGCGUUUCUGUCAACAGUGCAGCAGGUUUCAUGAACUGUCGGAAUUUGAUGAAGCUAAAAGAAGUUGUCGUAGGCGCUUGGCGGGCCAUAAUGAGCGUCGCCGCAAAAGCUCGUAUGACUCUCACGAAGGGAGGAGUUGA